AUGGCUACCACACUUAUCCUUUCGGCAUGCCUCGCCCUGCAAGCUGCAGCCAGAACGGUCAGAUCACCCACACCUCCUAUGGGAUGGAACUCAUACAAUACCUGGAACUGUUUGCCCUCUGAAGAUAAAAUUAAAACAAGUGCACAAGGACUCAUCGACCUCGGACUUGACAAGGCUGGCUACAAUUUCGUAACAGUCGACUGUGGCUGGCCCUCUGAAGACCGCGAUGCUGAGGGUAAACUUCAAUGGAAUGAAACUCUCUUUCCGUCGGGCGGUAAAGCGCUUGGUGACUUCAUCCAUGGUCUGGGGUUGGAUUUCGGUCUUUACUCUGGCGCUGGGUACCUGCAAUGUGGAUCAGAAACGCUGCCUGCGAGUCUGGGAUUUGAGCAGCUAGACGCUGAAAGCUUUGCUGAGUGGGGAGGAGAUAGCUUGAAGUAUGAUAACUGCUAUUCUACCUCCAAUACCACCAUGGUCGACUCUAGCUCUGCUGAGUCGCAGUCUCCGGCACGCUUCCAACACAUGGCAGCCGAAUUGGAAGCCGUAGAUCGCGACAUUCACUACUACGUUUGCCAGUGGGGGAUCGGCACUGAUGUUGGAGACUGGGCUGCUGAGAUUGGCAACACAUGGCGAAUUAGCAAUGACAUCUACAAUGCGUGGCGCAGCAUCUGGCGCAUCACGAACCAAGUCGUACCGUACUUUCGGCACACGACUGUUGGUGCGUUUGCAGAUAUGGAUAUGUUGAUCGUCGGUCUCAAUGCCCUAUCAGAAGAGGAAGAGCGUUUUCACUUCGGGAUGUGGGCGAUCAAUAAGUCGCCUCUCAUCAUUGGCGCGGCACUCGACCCUGAGCGCAUUAGUCAGAGCUCUCUGGCCAUCAUGGAAAACAAAGAAGUCAUUGCCAUCAAUCAAGAUGCCCUUGCUCAGCAGGCAAUGUUGGUCCGUCGCGACACCGAAGAAGAGUGGGACAUAUGGAUGGGGAAGCUCUCGGGAUCAAGAAUGGUACUAGGAGUCGCGAACUGGAAGAAUGACUCGCAAAGCGUAGACUUCGACCUUGCAUCACUAGGUAUAGCUUCGGCCGAUGCGCGCGAUGUUUGGGCCGCGAAGGACGUUAGUGCUUUGUCUGGCUCCCAGACGGUAGAUCUGGCUGGGCAUGAACUGCGACUAUGGAUUCUAUCCAACAUUGUCGAAGCUGCUCCGCUCCAAUCAGGCUCUUAUAACUCUGCCACUAACGCUUCUCUCUCUGGACCAGCGCACGUAUCCUUGUGUGCGAGCGGAACAUGUCUUCCCGCGGGCUCAAAGAUAGAGUACAUCGAUCGUAGCAGCAGCGUUGUCUUCUCCAACGUCAGCGCUCCGUCCGCUGGUAGAAACCUCGUAGGGGUUGACUUCGUUAACUAUGAGUACGCCUUUACCACUGCUUGGGAAUGGGGCGACAAUACACGAAACAUGACGAUCGCGGUCAAUGGUGCCGAGGCAAAAAGAUGGGCCUUCCCACUCUCUGGCGGCGACUGGCAGGAAAGUCUGCGACUUCAUAUCGAGGUUGAUGGGUUCGUUGAAGGCACAGAGAACAUGGUCGAGUUCAGAGGCUAUGGAGACUCAUUUGCACCAGAUCUUGUGGGUUUUGAGAUUCUGAGCAGCGCAUAG